UCCGUCGAUAUUGACAGAUAGAGUCCCAAUAUCGAGGGUUACUGUGGGAUGUUGCUCUCAUAAGUCCUUUCUUGUCCAUGUCCUCCUAUUGGCUUGACUGGUUUGCCCUUGUUCUUGUCCUUGCUUCCGUUGCAGUUGUCCUUCUCUUUGCUGCAUUUGUUGCUGCUGUUCUUGUUAUUCGUAUUCUUUUAUUGGGAAGAAUCGGCAUUGUAGCCAGUUGGGCUCUCCGGCGGCUUCUUCUAAGGCUUCCAUGCAUACUGUUUCAUACUCUCUGGUGGCUCGUGCUCUAUUUUUCGAGUGCGCUGGUGUUGAAGGGUCUUUUUUUUUUGAAACAAGCUGGGCUGGGCUGCUGCCAUCUCCAUGUCUUCGACUGUCUCUGCCUCUUUGUCCUGCGGAGCAGGGGAAACGACCGAGCGGUAGCAAUUAAACGUCUGUUAGGGCUUGUGGCGCUGAACCGUGAUCCCAGGUAACUCGCUUCACCCUACUUGGCGCGCAUCUCGCAACGUUGCUUGAUUCUUGAUGUGCUGUCCCUUGAUGCGAUUGAAGUCUGAGCGAAGCUCGUGGUA